GAGGGUGUCCACUCUGAGUACCAGUCUCCACAUCUUGGUGGGUCUUUCGGAGCGGGGCAGGCCAGGCUGAGGCUGCUGGGGGACGCCUCCUAGAUCCUAGCCCAGGACAUCCUGCCCUGCGGCAGCCACAGCAACAGGCUCGCCCCCAGACAAAGGGGCCGGCGCGGCGGGGCGGACUCGCGCAGCCGGGGAGCGCGCGCUCGGCGCAGGGUGUCCUGGCGGUCGGAGGGCGCAGCGCAGACCCCGCGAGGGCCGAGUCCGCGGCGCUCGGGAGACCCGGCACCGGAGCGCAUACCCUGCCCGGCCUGGCGCGGCGCCGGCGCCGGGCUUCCAUUCAGUCUUUGACCCUCCGUCCCCACCCUGCCCCCCCCCGCCCCCCCGCAGGCCGCACCACUGUAACCGCUGCCCCGGCGGCCGCCGCUGCUUGUCGGGCUGGCGGGCGGAGAGCGCGGCGCGGCGGGGCCGGCGGCAUGGCUGUGUCCUGGAGGAGCUGGCUGGCCAACGAAGGGGUUAAACACCUCUGCCUGCUUAUCUGGCUGUCCCUGAAUGUCCUGCUUUUCUGGAAAACCUUCCUGCUGUAUAACCAAGGGCCAGAGUAUCACUACCUCCACCAGAUGUUGGGGCUAGGAUUGUGUCUAAGCAGAGCCUCCGCAUCAGUUCUUAACCUCAACUGCAGCCUUAUCCUCUUACCCAUGUGCCGGAUGCUCCUGGCUUACCUUCGAGGAUCCCAGAAGGUUCCAAGCAGGAGAACCAGAAGAUUGUUGGAUAAAAGCAGAACAUUCCAUACAACCUGUGGUGUGACUAUCUGUAUUUUCUCAGGUGUGCACGUGGCCGCCCACCUGGUGAAUGCCCUCAACUUCUCAGUGAACUACCGUGAGGAUUUCGUUGAACUGAACGCAGCAAGAUACCGAGAUGAGGAUCCUAGAAAACUUCUCUUCACAACUGUUCCUGGCCUGACAGGGGUCUGCAUGGUAUUGGUGCUAUUCCUGAUGAUUACAGCUUCAACAUAUGCAAUACGAGUUUCUAACUAUGACAUCUUCUGGUACACUCAUAAUCUCUUCUUGGUCUUCUACAUGCUGCUGAUGUUACAUGUAUCAGGAGGGCUGCUUAAGUAUCAAACUAAUUUAGAUACGCACCCUCCUGGCUGCAUCAAUCUUAAUGGAACCCGCUACCAGAAUAUUCACUUACCAGCGUAUCUCUCAGAACAUUUUCAUGAAUCUUUCCCUGGAGGAUUUUCAAAACCAGAUGAGCUUACCCAGAACACAUUUGUGAAGAUUUGUAUGGAAGAGCCCAGGUUCCAAGCUAAUUUUCCACAGACCUGGCUUUGGAUUUCUGGACCUUUGUGCCUGUAUUGUGCUGAAAGGCUUUACAGGUGUAUCCGGAGCAAUAAGCCAGUCACCAUCAUCUCAGUCAUAAGUCAUCCCUCAGAUGUCAUGGAAAUCCGAAUGGUCAAAGAAAAUUUUAAAGCAAGACCUGGCCAGUAUAUUAUUCUACAUUGUCCCAGUGUGUCUGCAUUGGAAAACCAUCCAUUUACUCUCACAAUGUGUCCUACUGAAACCAAAGCAACAUUUGGGGUCCACCUUAAAAUAGUAGGAGACUGGACAGAACGAUUUCGAGAUUUACUACUUCCUCCAUCUAGUCAAGACUCCGAGAUUCUGCCCUUCAUUCAAUCUAGAAAUUAUCCCAAGCUCUACAUUGAUGGUCCCUUUGGAAGUCCAUUUGAAGACUCACUGAACUAUGAGGUUAGCCUCUGCGUGGCUGGAGGCAUUGGAGUAACUCCUUUUGCGUCAAUACUCAACACUCUGCUGGAUGACUGGAAACCAUACAGGCUUAGAAGACUGUAUUUUAUUUGGGUGUGCAGAGACAUCCAAUCCUUCCGUUGGUUUGCAGACUUACUAUGUGUGUUGUAUAACAAGUUUUGGCAAGAGAACAGACCUGACUAUGUCAACAUCCAGCUGUACCUCAGUCAGACAGACGGGUUACAGAAGAUAAUUGGAGAAAAAUAUCAAGCACUGAAUUCGAGACUUUUUAUUGGACGUCCUCAGUGGAAACUUCUGUUUAAUGAAAUAGCAAAAUAUAACAGAGGGAAAACAGUUGGUGUUUUUUGCUGUGGACCUAAUUCAAUUUCUAAGACUCUUCAUAAACUGAGUAAUCAAAACAAUUCAUAUGGGACAAGAUUUGAAUACAAUAAAGAAUCUUUCAGCUGAAAAACUUUGAGAUGAACAAGGACUCUAAAGAAGGAAUGAGUGCAAUUUCUAAGACUUUGAAAUGCAGCUGGAUCAAACAACUGUGUCAUGCCAAAGAGUAGCAAGGUUUUCUUAUUUAUGAUUAUUUAAAAUGGAAAUGCAGAGAAUGUGGCAAGAUGACAGGUCACAUUACAUGUUUAAUCUGGAAACCAAAGAGGCCCUGAAGAAUAUUUGAUGUGAUUAUUCACUUUUCACUGCUCAAAUUAAAAGAAAACUAUUAGAUGCACACUGUUGAUUUUUAUGGCAGAUUCAAGAACUCCCUAGUAAGGUGUUGCUCACUGAGAGGCUGAUAGCUUUGGUCCUCUUUUAAUUGUUCUUGGUUGAACAAAUGCAAGAUUGAACAAAAUUAAAAAUUCAUUGAAACUCAGAUUACAUUUUCUACGUGAGUAUAAACAGAGAAGCUUUGAUUUAGAAAAGCUCCAGGUAAAUAUACUAGAAGUCUGAAAAUACAGCACAGGA